AUGACACAGUAUUCGUCGGCAGCACAUUGCGCGGCUAAUCACAACGUCUCAUCUGCUGGAUUACCAGUCUAUUGUGAUCCUGGAAACUGCCCUUCAGUCCACGAAGCAGAUACGGAAAUCAUAAACCCUUUCUGGGACUUACAACCUGGUGAUGUGGCUGGAUACCUCGCCGUGGAUCGAACAAAUAAUCUCAUUGUGCUCUCAUUUCGCGGCACUGUGUCUAAUGAAAACAAACUCACAGACCUCGAGUUUCAACAAGUUGACGCGUCCAGUCUUUGUUCUGGGUGCUAUGCUCAUAGAGGAUUCUGGGAAGCUUCCUCUAGCGCCUUCAAAAUUCUAAACCCAGCGCUCAAGGCCGUGAUGACGAAAUAUCCAAACUUUGACCUAAUUGUGACUGGACAUAGUCUUGGAGGUGCUUUGGCUACACUCCAAGCCGUUCUUCUGAAGGCAGAUGGACAUCAACUUGACAUGUAUACAUUCGGAGCGCCGUCAGUUGGAAACAGGAUGCUGGCCGAAUUUAUUACUAGUCAAGGCUUAGGGAAGAAUUAUCGUCUCACACACACCGACGACGAGGUUCCUAAAGUUCUCUACCAAGCUUCAAGGGCAGUCCUCCUGGAUAUUAUUGUCCCAGAAUACAGCCAGUCAUCACCAGAAUACUGGAUAACAUCACCGAAUGGUAUUUCCGUGACAACCUCGGACAUUCAGGUUAUUCACGGCGUCGACAAUACGGCGGGUAAUUUAGGUCAGCCAGGAUUCGAUAUGUCAGCCCACGACUGGUAUAUGAUAAACACAACU